AAAAGGCCUCAGCCCCCCCAAAACCCUCUUACUUUGGCCACAAGGAUUUUCACAUUCAGCUUCUGGAGUCUAGGCCACCUCUAGGCAGUCAGGGACCUCUGUGGUAUCCGUACCCAGGAUGAUGCCUUACAGAGAGAGACGCCUGGGCCCUGCCCUCUCCCCACUGCCAGCUGCCAGUCCCCACUGUGUGAUCCGAGGGGCAGCCUUUGCCUACUCUCCCAGUCCUCAGGUUCUACAUCGGAUUCCUGGAACCCCAACCUAUGCCUUCCCCACCAUGGGGCCAGGGGGCCUUCCUGAGUGUGGCUGUCUGUGCGGAGAGACCCUGGAACGCUAUGAACCUGACCCUCUGCCCCCCAAGUUGGCUCUGGAGGACACACAGAAAUCAGAACCAGGGCCCCCCCAGAGGCUCCACUCAACCUGCGUCACUGUCCUCAAGGUCCCCAUGAUGCUAGUCUUCCUCUACCUUUUUGUCUGCUCCUUGGAUGUGCUCAGCUCAGCCUUCCAGCUUGCUGGUGGGAAGGUGGCUGGUGACAUCUUCAAGGACAACGCCAUCCUGUCCAAUCCUGUAGCCGGGCUGGUGGUGGGGAUUCUGGUGACGGUCCUGGUGCAGAGCUCGAGCACAUCCACCUCCAUCAUAGUCAGCAUGGUCUCCUCAGGCUUACUGGAGGUCAAGUCUGCCAUUCCCAUUGUCAUGGGCUCCAACAUUGGCACAUCUGUCACCAACACCAUUGUGGCAUUAAUGCAGUCUGGAGAUAGAAGUGACUUUCGAAGGGCUUUUGCAGGGGCCACAGUCCAUGACUGCUUUAACUGGCUAUCCGUUCUUGUCCUUCUGCCCCUGGAGGCCGCUACGGGGUACUUACACCACCUCACUCACCUAGUGGUCACUUCCUUCAAAAUUCGACGUGGCCAAGAUGCUCCAGACCUGCUUAAGAUCAUUACUGAGCCCUUCACCCGACUCAUUAUCCAGUUGGAUAAAUCUGUGAUCAACAGCAUCGCCACAGGGGAUGAGACACUUCGAAACCACAGUCUCAUUCGGAUUUGGUGUGAUCCCAGCCCCUCAGAGGUUAUUACUGACAUGCCCCGGUCAGAGGCCAAUAUCAGCUGGAUUCUGGGGAACAGCACUGGGGAGAAAUGUCAGCAUCUGUUUGUGGACACCUCUCUGCCUGACCUGGCUGUGGGCUUGAUCCUGCUUGCUGGCUCCCUUACCGUGCUCUGUACCUGCCUCAUUCUCCUGGUGAAGCUGCUGAAUUCUGUGCUCCAGGGACAGGUAGCCAAGGUUGUCCAGAAGGUCAUCAACACUGAUUUCCCAUAUCCCUUCACCUGGGUGACUGGCUACUUCGCUAUGCUGGUGGGCGCUGGAAUGACUUUUGUGGUACAGAGUAGCUCCGUGUUCACCUCAGCCAUCACCCCACUCAUUGGUCUGGGUGUGAUUAGCAUCGAAAGAGCCUAUCCCCUCACUCUGGGCUCCAACAUUGGCACUACCACCACUGCUAUCCUUGCCGCCCUUGCCAGCCCCAAAGAAAAGCUCUCCAGUGCCUUCCAGAUUGCCCUGUGCCACUUCUUUUUCAAUAUUUCGGGCAUCUUGCUGUGGUACCCACUCCCAUGCACACGGCUGCCCAUCCACAUGGCCAAGGCCCUGGGCCGACGCACUGCCAAAUACCGCUGGUUUGCUGUGCUCUACCUGCUGGUCUGCUUCCUGCUGCUGCCCUCGGUGGUGUUCGGGGUCUCUAUGGCAGGCUGGCGGGCCAUGGUGGGGGUGGGGGCCCCUUUUGGAGCUUUGCUGGCCUGUGUUACCCUCAUCAACUUACUCCAAAGCCGAAGCCCGACUCGGCUGCCCAAGUGGCUCCAGACUUGGGAUUUCCUUCCCCAGUGGAUGCACUCGCUGAAGCCCCUUGACCAACUGAUCACUCGUGCCACCCUUUGCUGCACCCGCCCUGAGCCACGCUCCCCCCCACUGCCCACCCGAGUUUAUCUCGAGGAGCUUCCCCCAGGCACCCCUUCCCCACGCCUUGGGGUGCUCCCCCAGCACAAUGCCACAAGGCUCUAACGGCGUCCAAGGGGAAGUCCUGGGAGCCGUUCCUACACGGGCUCAUGCCAAAGUGUGUCCAUUUGUGUGUGUGUGUGUUUGGGUGUAUGUGUCUGUACUGGGGGAGUACACACAGAGUCAGACAAUGUUAGAACUGGAAGAGACCUCCCAUAGUCCCACCACCUCUUUUCACAGAUGAGGAAAGAGAGACCCAGAGAAGGAAAGAGGGAUUUGCCGAAAGUCACCCAACGGGUCAGUGCUAGUCAGCAUUCAGCCUAGUCUCUGAUUCAGCCAGUUCAUCUCGAUGUCACAGAUGUUUCUGCCUGUCUCUGUGUGUUUCUCUGUCAGUGUUCAUGUAUGUCCCUGCAUGCUUCUGUACCUGAGUGCAUGGGACAGGCUAGGAAUCUACAUGUGCACCUGUAUGUUGUGUGCAUAUGUCAUACCUGGUGGUGGAUGCGUCUCUACAUGAUCUACUUCUGCACACUUGUGGGCAUGUGUAUUUCAGCUUUUAUAUCUGUGCAUUUGUAUGUCCUUAUAUGCUAGGGGACCUGGGAGAAGAAAGGCCUUUCUCCAUUUAAUGAUAAAGAUGCUGAAAAAGUGAUUUUUCAGGACAACUAGGUGGUACAACUGAUAGAACACCAGCCCUGAAGUCAGGAGGACCUGAGUCAAAUCUGUCCUCAGAUGCUUAACUCGUCCUGGCUGUGUGACCUGGGUAGGUCACUUAACCCCAACUGCCUCAGGAAAAAAAAAAGUUGUUUUUCUUGGCCCCUCUGGGCUCCUAAGAAGGGAUUGGAGGAUGGUUUCUGCAGACCAGAAAAUUGGUCCUAACCCUCCCCCCGCCCCAGGGUCUUUAGUUCUAGGCUCUCAUGCUCAGGCUUUCCCCAACCCUAGUAUCUUGCUCUUAGGAAGGAAUCUUCCUAAGGAAAGCAAUGGUAUGGGGGAUGAGAGGGAAGGGUUUCAGAGUAACUUGACAUCACCUCCUGACACCUUUUCCACUUGUCAUCCUCAUCCUCAUCCCCUCUCCUUUUCCUCUUCUCUUCCUUCUACUUCUCUUCUUCCUUUUCUCCCUCUCUCCUUCUCCUCCUCUUUCACAUCUUCCUUUCCCCUCUUGGCCAAUAGUUGACCUGAGCUCACAUACACUAUAAGAGUUAUGCUGAGAGUUCGCCUCUCCUUAAUUACAUUGUCAUUUCUUGGCCAAUAUCUCACCAGACCCCCUCCCCACCUUCAUGGGUCCUGACCCAACCUGUCUGUUAAGGAUUGGCCAAAGGAGAACUCAGCCUGAGUCAGAUUGGGCAGAGCUGGGAAAUGGGAUGUGGCAACUGCUUUCCAUGCUUCUACUCAUCAAGCUGCCCCUCAAAACCCAGAGCUUUCCCUGCUCAGGGAUAGGGGCUGCUUCACUGCCUUUUAUCCCAUCCUUGCAGCCCUUGGCCCUACCAGGCUGAAAUGGAGACUAGGUUAGCCAGUGGCAGACAGGACCUGGCCCUUGGCAGUUACUCAGGUGUGGGGGUUCCUUGGCAGGAUGCAAAGGUCCUCGGAGGAAAAGAAGGAAUGGACUCACAUCUGGAUCUGGAUCCCCCCCUCCUUGGAGGGUUUCUUUCUUUCUAAUUGGCCUGAACCAGGAUCCACAGAGGGAAGAGUCAUAGUUCUGCAGUUAUCAAUCACCCUCCCUCAGAUUUUCCUAGCUUGUUUGGCCCAAGGAGAAAACAAAAUCCCUUCCCUUCAUUUUCUUAAACGAAGCUUUAGCAAGGAAUGAAGAAGGGAAAGAACGUGAAGAAAAAGACAUAAGUCUUUGAUGGUUUAUACAUGUUUACAAAGGCACAGAACUAGAAUCCUUCCGACCUUCUCUGGCCCUGUGGAAAGCUUUGCCCCAAUUCCCACACCUUACCUAACUGGGCAGCCUUCCCAGGAUGUGAGCAUUCCCUUGAAGCCAGCCCAGGAGACCUUUGCAAAGGAGUCUCCCCAAAUGGAAGUCACACUUGCAGGUCACCACAGGGUAAGGACUAGCUCUUGGUCUCAUUACCAUCUCUACCAAUUCAGACUAUUGCCUUCUCUGUCAAGAAUAGUCUUAAAGAGAGUUGCCUAUAACACUGAAGGACUUGCCUGGCAGGUUUAUACAGUCAGGAAAUGCCAGACCCAGAACUGGAACCCUAUAUUUCCUAACUUCAAGGCCAACUUUCUAUCCACCAUGUCACAUGGCCUCUCAAUAUUCUUUAAGUAACAGUAAUAAUUAUAGCAAUAAUGACAAUAACAAUACUGGCUUGAUCCAUCACCUAACCUUCCCUUCCCUCAGAAAGGAGGAUAUAUAUCCUCAAAUGGUGAGGUGGAUUCAAAGCAAUCCAAAUAAAGCCUUGGAUCAGCAAAAAGACUAUUCAAGACAAGGGUUCCAUCCAUGAUUUACUUUCAUUUUUACCUUUUAGGCCACAUCCAAAUACCCUGGGCCUUUCACUAACUUUUAUUUCCUUCUUUUCUUUCUUUCUUUUUUUCUGAGGCAGUCAGGGUUAACUGACUUGCCCAGAUUCCCAAAGCUAGUAGGUAUCCAAGGUGGGAUUUUAACUCCUGUCUUAGCUGAUUUUAGGGUUGGUGCUCUAUUCACUGCACCACCUAGCUACCCCUCACUACCUUUUCUAGAUUUGCCUGAUUCCCAGGUCCCUUCCUAGAUACUGUCCUUGCUUGACUCAUGUAGCAAGACUCAGGGUCUUGCUACCCUUUCCCCAACCCCACCCUCCCUAGAUGACUAAGUUUUUCAUCUGUUUCUCUUUAUGAUUCCAUCUCCCCAUACUUUAGACUAACAAAGCAUUUUAAAAAGGAUUAUGGCUUUAAAUCUAGAAGGAUCAUAAGGAUUAUUACAUACAAAUUGGAAAAAAUGAGACCCUGAGUUAGUAAAGAGAUGUGCCCAGUGUUACCUAGGUAAUAAGGGGCAGAAUUAGAAUUUUGGUCUUUUCACUCCAAAUUCACUGAUUCAAUUUCAAUGAUGGAGUGACAGAUUUGCAUAAUCACUGGCCUAUAUAGUCACUUCAUCCCAGCCCCAGUUCCAAACCUAGCAACCAAAGAAAAAGAAAAGAAAGCCAAAGAAUUACAGGUAUGACUUACAAAAAUCAGGAUAAUUCAACUUAUUACACAGAGGAAACCCAAAGUUCACAGUAGACACUCCUUCCUUUUAAAAAAAAAAGUUUAAUUGCUAUCUUUCUUUCUUACAUUAUUAUUUCCCAAUGAUAUCUCUUCCAAUAGCUGUUUCUUCACAAUCUUAUCUGCUUUGUCUCCUCCUCAGUCUUUUAAAAGCACUCCCCUCAUUCCAAAGAAGCUAAAAAAAACUCUGGAUUUCACAGAUUUCCAGGAGGGACUGGGGGCUGCACCAACUGAGGGGAAGUGGAUCUGGGGUUUGAUUCCAUCAGAGAGUAAAGAAACCCUGAAGGGAGAAUGCCCUGAUGCUCAGAUAUAUAAACUCUCACCAUUCAUUCUCCCUAUUUUCCACAAAAAUUAAAAUUCCUAUAUAAGGAUAGAGACAGCUCUUGAGGGAAACUCCUAGAACCCAGAAGCAUCGGGGAAACUUCACCUCCUUGCCUACAAACACACUUUCCCACCGUUGGCUUGGUCUAGCCUCAGAGUAGGUCAGUCUAAGCUGGAACCCAGCAGUCUGAAUGAGGAAAUACAUCUGUUCCAGGUUUCCAGCCAAUUUAGGUGACCUGGAAUCAGAUUCUUUUUUGACUUAUUGGCCAUAACUGAGAAAUGGGAACUAUGUAAGUUGCCCAUAUUUAGGGAUGAAAUUUAGGUUCUGAUAUUCUGAAUUGAAAAAGGCCUUAAAAGGUGGAAAGGAGGAAGAAGGAGGCAUUUCGUACAGAACUGAGGUUUGUAAGGAGGCCAGGGAAAGAGAACAUAAGAGAGGGAGGCAGAAAACCCCUGCCUUCUUGGGAACAGUCCUAGCUGUCCACUUUCCCCUCUCAUAGGAGGCCAACAGAGUAGAUGGGUCUGAGCUGAGCCUCUAAGGUCAGCCUGAGGUCUCAUUUCCCUUGGGAAUUGGCAGUCUCAUGUAUCUAAACCCCUAGAAUAUUUGGGUACCUAUGUCAACUCUUCCCAUGUCUCACUUAGUUUCUGUCUUCUUCAAACUGUUAGAGUAUGGUCAAUAUUAUAGAUGAUUCAUUUAUUCUCAAGAAUAAGAUUAAUAACAGCUAGCACUUAUAUACCAUCAGCUAUGUGCCAGACACCGUGCUAAAUACUUUACAAUUAUCUCAUUUGAUCAUUUCAAGGAAGGUGCCUUUAUUAUCUU